UGACUGCAUUACCCAAAGAGAAGGACAUUUUGUAGCUUGGUGGCUGACUACGCGGUAUGUCUAAGAGAAUGUAUAAUACCAACGUGGAACAGCCAGCGUCUCGGGUACGGCGGGAAGGACAAACAAGGCUGGGCGUACUAUGAGUCGUAUCAGGCUGUCCUGCUACUGUCAACAAGGCUGGCCUUUGCAAAAUAUAUGUCCGAGUUCUGCUACAGGGAUUUCGAUUUCGACACCGGUUGACUUUCUUUGCCUAGGUACCCAACCAGGAUAUUUGGAAGCACCAUGCCAACCAGUAUCUAUCUGAUGCAGUGUUCAUGUUUGAUGUUUGACCUCGGACGCGGGUAGCCGAAAUCGGCUUGGCAUCCGUCAGCCUUGUCUUCUUUGUGGCCUUUAAUUCCCCGUCUUUCUAGUUCUCCACAGAUUCAUUCAUCUCCACGACAUAAAACGACAGGAGUGAUGGUGUACCUACAACGUACACAUACUACCUAUGUACCUACUAUACCAAUUUACUGUAUCUCGCCACACUGCAGUAAAUCAUUGCCUUGGUUGUCCCACAAAGCACCUAGGCGUCUGGGCAUCACCACCAUUCCUGCCUUGGUUCUUAUCUCCUCCUUGCACAACGAUUUAAAACACACACCACAUCUUUACAUCGACAUCUACAUCUACAGAUACAGAUACAUAACCACCCCCUCUUCCCCCGUUACCUGGGUAUCUUCUACCUUUUACACAUUCAUACGGGAACCAGCAACAGCCACCCAACUCCAACCAUGAAUCCAAACCAACACCCCUUCCCCUUCCUAGUCCGCGAGACAACCCACUCACCCAAUGCCGGCUCCGCUCAACCCGAAACCCACGACUUCUCACCGGACUGUCCCUUUUGCAUGAUUGCAAAAACAUACCCACCUAUAUCACCCUUGAAAGCAGCCUAUCCUCCAUCCACCCCAGUAUCGCAAACAUCAUCAUUUCAAACCCUCCUAUCCCCCGACAAACUCGACCCCCCUUCAUUCGUCCUCUUCUCCUCCGAGCACGCCAUCGCCUUUCUAGACAUCAUGCCCCUAACCCGCGGACACGUCCUCGUGGCCCCGCGCAACCACCGCAUCAAAGUCGGCAAUUUGUCACCCCAAGAAAUGGCCGAAAUAGGCAGCGUACUACCAUUGCUUGCCCGGGCUGUCAUGCGGGCCGUGAUGCCGGACAUUCCACACGCAGACGCCGAUUACAAUAUCGUGCAGAACAAUGGUCCCGGAGCCGCACAGGUCGUUCCGCACGUUCAUUUCCAUAUUGUACCGAGGCCGCCAUUUAAUUAUGUUUAUCCUGACCUACAACGACAGCAACAGCAACGGAGCGGAGGCAACAAAUAUCCUCCGAGUCGGCAGCCGGAAGGUCGGCAGCGGGCGGCUAUCUUGUUUGGACGGGGCCAGCGCGAGGAUCUGGACUAUGAGGAUGCGGAGGUGUUGGUGCAGAGUAUGAGACGGUGUGUGAGGGAGGAGUGGGAGAUGACGUUUGGCAAUGAUGCAGGAAAUGACACCGGCAUUGGUGUUGCUGAUCGAGACGGCCGGAGUGGGGGUGGAAAGAACGGGACGUGGAAGGUCUGAGAAGCGGGCACCGACACCAACCAUACCAUAGGUACCUUGUAUUCGAGACAAGACAGAGUCUGCCGCCGUUUACAGUACUCUACCUGGGACCGCCCUUCUUUCUCCGACUCGGCGAAGGAUCUCUUCUGUCCAUUUCUCCAUCCCCUCUUGACGAUUCAAUUCGAUGCUUGGGCAUCGAUCAGUCAGUCCCCAUGGGGUCGACGACACAAAAACACCACACGACACCAUAAUGUUCACCCUCCUCGGCACGCAAAUGGCUUGACCACAGGGUAGAAACAAGCCAGGUAUCGGCAUGCCGUCAAACGGCAAGGAGAUAGAAAGACAUCUAAACUCGAAAAAUACAGAUAGACAUUCAAUGAAAAAAGCAAGGCUGAACAAACAAAAA